ACCUUGCUUUCUAAUUCAAACUUGUAAUGUUAGUUUAAUAGUGUAAUGCAAGCUCUGAUACAAUGAUCUGCCCAUACUCCAUCUAUAAAUAAAUCAACAAAAAGAAGAUUAAAAAAAAUAAAAAAACACAAACCACUUCCCACAAACACAAUCUCAUCAUCCCUAAACCAUGAAAACCCCAACCAUUUCUCCUCUCACUUUGCUUCUUCUUCUCAUCUCAUGCUCAUGGGCAGCAGCUUCCGCCGCCGCCGACCACCACCAAGAUUUCCUACAUUGCCUGUCUGAGAAAUUCGACAGCUCCAACGUUGUCUACACCGCAAGCAAUUCAUCAUACACUUCCAUCUUGAAAUAUUCCAUCUUCAACCUCAGAUAUGCUUCCGAAUCUACACCAAAGCCGCAGGUGAUCAUAACCCCGGAACACGAAUCUCAGAUCCCGCCGGUGAUACGCUGCGCUAAAAAAACCGGCCUCGAGAUCAGAACUCGAAGCGGCGGCCAUGACUCCGAGGGACUAUCUUAUGUAUCACAAGUCCCGUUUGUGAUGAUUGAUUUGAUCAAUCUCAGUGAAAUCACAGUCGACGCCGAGGCCAAAACCGCGUGGGUCGAAGCCGGCGCCACCAUCGGCUCUUUGUAUUACAGAAUCGCGGAGAAAAGUCCGGUUCUUGGAUUUCCGGCCGGCGGUUGCCUGACCAUUGGCGUCGGAGGCCACUUCAGCGGAGGAGGCUACGGCUUCAUGCAGAGGAAGUACGGCUUGGCUGCCGAUCAUGUGAUCGAUGCAAGAAUAGUAGACGUUAAUGGCAGAAUUCUUGACAGGAAAUCAAUGGGCGAAGAUCUGUUCUGGGCUAUCAGAGGCGGCGGAGCUGCUAGCUUUGGUGUAGUUGUUGCCUGGAAGGUUGAACUAGUAGAUGUACCAGAAAGGGUGACUGUUUUCACAGUGGACAAAACCCUAGAACAAAACGCAACUCAACUCAUCGACCGCUGGCAAUACAUCGCUCCCAACCUCGACAAAGAUUUGUUCAUCGCAAUCUUGAUAACCCGGUUGAGUUCCGACCCGACCAUCGACGCCUCCUUCGUGUCGCUAUUCCUCGGCCCCAUCGACACGCUGCUGCCGCUGAUGCGACGAAGCUUCCCCGAGCUCGGCCUAGUGAGAGAAAACUGCACCGAGACGAGCUGGAUCAAUUCCACACUCUACAUCGGCGGCUACCCCAUCGACGCGCCGCCGCAAAUCCUGCUCAACAGAACUCAGCCCCAACCGGCAUACUCGAAGCAAAAAUCAGACUAUGUGCAGACACCAAUUCCUCAAUACGCCAUUCAAGGCAUAUGGGAGCAAUUUUACCGAGCAGAGGAUAAGGGGAAUUUGUUCAUCACCAUGAUGCCGUACGGUGGGAGAAUGGCGGAGAUCUCCGACUCCGCCAUUCCUUUCCCUCAUAGAGCUGGCAAUCUGUACUUCUUCGCUUAUCUAGUCCGUUGGGAAGAAGAGAAUUCGGACGGCUACCUAAGCUGGUCGAGGAGGCUUUACGAUUACAUGACUCCUUACGUCUCGACGGCUCCGAGGUCAGCGUAUCUCAACUACAGAGAUCUCGACCUCGGAGUCAACAACGUUGUGGGGAAGACGAGCUACGCGCAGGCGAGUGUUUGGGGGAAGAAGUAUUACAAGAACAAUUUCGAUCGUCUUGUUCUGGUUAAGACCAUGGUUGAUCCUCACAAUUUCUUCAGAAACGAACAGAGCAUUCCAAGUGGAAAAAGUGGGAAAUUAAUUUGAAAAUUUUAGGAGGGGAUGAGAGCAUGUGUUUGAAUAUGAAUAAGACACUACUAAAAAAUAAAAUAGGGAUAACGGUUCAUACAUAACGGUUUUGGUCAAAAACCGUUAUGUAUGAGCGCACUUUUAAUAUAUAACGGUUUUACAAAGUUCUGUUAUGUAUGUACUGUUAUCCAAAUAUAUAUAUAACAGUACAAAGUUAAGCGUUAUGUAUGAGCGUUAUCUAUUAGCGAUAUAUAUAACGGUAUUAGUGAUCAACCGUUAAGCCAUACGUUAUCUAUGAACAUUUAUUUUAUAA